AUGCAAGUAGAGAUGACCCGAGAAACUGGUAUGCUAGAUGUGGGGACUCACUGCUCUUUUUGCCGACAGUUAGAUUUUCUACCGUUCCACUGUAAGCUUUGUAACUUAGAUUUUUGUGAGAAUCACAGGACAAAGGAAUCCCAUCACUGUCAGUGGCUGUUAGAUCAAGAGAAAAAUAAUCACAAGGUCCCAUCGCCGCCCUCAAGGAAUAAUGAUGAGAAGUUCUUUAAGAGUCUUUUACCCGAGAAAGGUUACAUAAGGGUCCAACAACAACAGCAGCGCUCGCCACACAAUCCACAAUCGGAGCCUAUCAAAUCUCGUAUCAGCCAAGGUACACUAGAUAAACUGGCGAGGUUCUUCAAAAGGUCGACUGUUCACAAAUCCACUGCAAAGAAGAGCUCUUCUAACAAAUUGGUUCUACUUACACAGUUAAAGAAAACCGCUGUUGGAGACCAGAGAAUCCCGGUGUCCAAUAGAAUAUACAUUUGGUGUUACGUGGUUCACGACGAAGAAAGGGAUAAAGAUGCCAAGAGGGAAUCGUUUUACGUGAAUAAAAUAUGGCCGAUUGGUAGGGUUUUAGACGCCAUUGCACAGCAAUUUGGUGUUCCAAAUCGUAACGAUAAUUUUAAGACGAAACAAGAGGAUAAAUUGUCCCUCUAUAAGAUAGAUCAGGGUACAGGCGAAAUGAUACAGUUAGAUACGUCUGGUCGCGUUGCUAAUCAGAUUAGUGAUUUAGAUACUUUAUAUUUGAUUAGAGGAACUGAGGCGCCAGCUUUGCGAGUCUAG